GCGGCGACGCGGGGCCGGCGGCUGUGCGCAGCCGGGCGGACUGCGAGGCCGGCUGCAGGAUGCUGCGCGCCGCGCUGCCCCUGCUCGGGCUGCCCCUGGCGGGGGCGGGAACAACCCCAGAGCCUACCCCGGAGCCGGGGUCGCCGGGAGAGCCUCCUCCAGGUUUGGCGCUUUUCCGCUGGCAGUGGCACGAGGUGGAGGCGCCUUACCUGGUGGCCCUGUGGAUCCUGGUGGCUAGCCUAGCCAAAAUCGUGUUUCACCUGUCUCGGAAGGUAACAUCUCUGGUCCCUGAGAGCUGCCUGCUGAUUUUGCUGGGCCUGGUUCUAGGGGGCAUUGUGUUGGCUGUGGCCAAGAAAGCAGAGUACCAGUUGGAACCAGGCACCUUCUUCCUCUUCCUGCUGCCUCCUAUUGUGCUGGACUCGGGCUAUUUCAUGCCUAGCAGGCUGUUCUUUGAUAACUUGGGUGCCAUCCUCACCUAUGCUGUGGUUGGCACACUGUGGAAUGCCUUCACAACAGGAGCUGCCCUCUGGGGCCUGCAGCAGGCUGGACUUGUGGCCCCUAGGGUGCAGGCUGGCCUGCUGGACUUCCUGCUGUUUGGGAGCCUCAUCUCAGCAGUGGACCCUGUGGCUGUGCUGGCUGUCUUUGAGGAGGUGCACGUCAAUGAGACUCUCUUUAUCAUCGUCUUUGGAGAGUCCCUGCUCAAUGAUGCAGUCACUGUGGUGCUGUACAAGGUCUGCAACUCCUUUGUGGAGAUGGGCUCUGCCAAUGUGCAGGCCACUGACUACCUGAAGGGAGUCGCCUCCCUGUUUGUGGUCAGUUUGGGCGGGGCAGCCGUGGGCUUAGUCUUUGCCUUCCUCCUGGCCCUGACCACACGCUUCACCAAGCGGGUCCGAAUCAUCGAGCCACUGCUGGUCUUCCUCCUCGCCUAUGCAGCCUACCUCACUGCUGAAAUGGCCUCACUCUCCGCCAUUCUUGCGGUGACUAUGUGUGGCCUGGGCUGUAAGAAAUACGUGGAGGCCAACAUCUCCCAUAAAUCACGCACAGCUGUCAAAUACACAAUGAAGACCCUGGCCAGCUGUGCUGAGACUGUCAUCUUCAUGCUGCUUGGCAUCUCAGCUGUGGACUCUUCUAAGUGGGCCUGGGAUUCUGGGCUGGUGCUGGGCACCCUCUUCUUCAUCCUGUUCUUCCGAGCCCUCGGCGUAGUCCUGCAGACGUGGGUGCUGAAUCAGUUCCGGCUGGUCCCUCUGGACAAGAUUGACCAGGUGGUGAUGUCCUAUGGGGGCCUUCGGGGGGCUGUGGCCUUUGCUCUCGUCAUCCUGCUGGACAGGACCAAGGUCCCUGCCAAGGACUACUUUGUGGCCACCACCAUUGUAGUGGUCUUCUUCACAGUCAUCGUGCAGGGCUUGACCAUCAAGCCGCUGGUGAAGUGGCUGAAGGUGAAGAGGAGUGAGCAUCACAAACCCACCCUAAACCAGGAGCUACAUGAGCACACUUUUGACCACAUUCUGGCUGCAGUGGAGGACGUUGUGGGGCACCAUGGCUACCACUACUGGAGGGACAGGUGGGAGCAGUUUGACAAGAAGUACCUGAGUCAGCUGCUAAUGCGUCGGUCAGCCUACCGCAUCCGGGACCAGAUCUGGGAUGUAUACUACAGACUUAACAUCCGGGAUGCUAUCAGCUUUGUGGACCAGGGAGGUCACGUCCUGUCCUCCACAGGUCUCACUCUGCCCUCUAUGCCCAGCCGGAAUUCUGUGGCAGAGACCUCUGUCACCAACCUGUUGAGGGAGAGUGGCAGUGGCGCAUGUCUGGAUCUGCAGGUGAUUGACACGGUUCGCAGUGGUCGGGACCGAGAGGAUGCUGUGAUGCACCACCUGCUCUGUGGAGGCCUCUACAAGCCACGCCGCAGGUACAAAGCCAGCUGCAGCCGCCACUUCAUCUCUGAGGAUGCACAAGAACGUCAGGACAAGGAGGUCUUCCAGCAGAAUAUGAAGCGGCGGCUCGAGUCAUUUAAGUCCACCAAGCACAACAUCUGCUUCACCAAGAGCAAGCCACGACCUAGAAAGGCUGGUCGCAGGAAGAAGGAUGGUGUGGCCAAUGCCGAGGCUACAAAUGGAAGACCUCCUCGAGAGCUGGGCUUUCAGGACACAGCUGCUGUGUCACUAACUGUGGAGUCUGAGGAGGAGGAGGAGGAGAGCGACAGUUCAGAAUCAGAGAAGGACGACGAGGGGAUCAUCUUUGUGGCUCGAGCCACCAGUGAGGUUCUCCAAGAGGGCAAGGUCUCAGGAGGCCUCGAGGUGUGCCCGAGCCCGCGCAUCAUCCCCCCUUCCCCAACCUGUGCGGAGAAGGAGCUGCCCUGGAAGAGUGCACAGGGGGACCUGGCUGUAUACGUAUCUUCGGAAACCACCAAGAUUGUGCCCGUGGACAUGCAGACAGGCUGGAACCAGAGCAUCUCAUCUCUGGAGAGUCUGGCAUCCCCUCCCUGCACCCAAGCCCCUACUCUGACCCGCCUGCCUCCCCGCCCACUGUGUGCCGAAGAACCCCAGGCCCCUCUUGACUUUCCUUCUGACCUGCGCCCUAGCUUUGCCUUCCCCCCUAGCCUGGCCAAGGCUGGCCGUUCUCGAAGUGAGAGCAGUGCCGACAUCUCCCAGCAGCAGGAGCUGCAGCCCCUCAUGGGCCACAAAGGCCACACGCAUCUUAGCCCACGCACCGCCAACUCCCACUGGUGUAUCCAGUUCAACAGAGGGGGUCGGCUGUAACCCGGGGCCUCGGGGAGGAGCAGGAGGUGGAGUCCCUGUGGGAAGAGUUCCCUGGGCACUGCGCAGAGCAGUCCAUGCAGCCUGACACAGGGGUAGAGGGGCCUGGACUAAAGUAGAACGGCCUCCUUGAGGUUGGUCAGAGGGGUCUCCUGGGCUGGUCCUCACAGGGACCCUUCUCCCACCCUGCAUCUAACCCCUUCCACCUUCCAUUUCAAUAAUGGCUCAGGACCCAGUCCAUAGUUCCAGGACAUAGGCCCAGAGACUUGGGUAGCUGAUGUCCUUUUCCUAAGGGAGCUUUCUGAGCUCACUGGAGGCAGCUGUUUCUGUCCCCAAAGCAAAGGAAUCACUCCACAGUUGUAAGCAGGUCUUCCCUGUCCCCACCCUCUCUCUUCCUGGCAUUUGGUCAGGGACCUGAUGUCAUUGUCCUGACAUGGAGGUCUAGUGAGGGUCUGGUCCUUAGAGGAAAUAGGUUGGAAUGUGGAGUAGCCUUGGGCUGGGCUGCCCUGUUGGCUUGGCUACCCAGUAUCUUUUUUUUUUUUUUUUUAAGGCAGUGGGAGUCUCUGUCCCCAUGUCUUGCUUUAGUCCCUUCCUUUUGCUGCCAGAUAUUGGGGUAAUGGUGCCUACUUUUCUAAGAUGUGAGCCUUGGACCUGGCAGUUCAGGGCUGCUUCUUAGCCAGGGUGUUUUGGGAGGGGUCUUUUCUGGGUCUAAGUUUGAAACUUUUGAUCCAAGGAUCUGGGUUUUCUGAGGAAGGGACACAGUAGCCUCUGGGAUCCCAUGUUGCCACUUCAGAUUUUCCCUAACAGGAAAGUGGCCAGGUAUCUCAGGACCACUGCUCCAUGGCUGUUGGGAGCUAGGAUAGCUGGCUGCAGUACUAAGUGGGGCAGAGUGGCAGGUGGAGUUCCUGGAGGUAGCCCUGCCUUGUGUUUUGUACCUUAAACCGAAGAUACAUUAAACAUCUCUUGGAUGGA